CAGAGAGCGAGAAAGCUCCGACGCCUUUCCCUGGUUUGCUGCUUUCACGUUGCAGUGAGUGAGAGCGAUACAGGAUGCGGCGGGCAAGCUUAUAGACUCCAACUCGAAAAGCUGUCAUGAUCCACGGGAACGCCUGGAAGGGCAGGUACACUUUCAGUAAGAUUUGGAGAUAGCAGUUUGGGAUCCCAUACUCCUCUCUCUUCCCCCCCCCCCCUCCACAAAGCUUUGCCGUGCAAAUCAAAAUUGCUUCCUGUUCUGCAAGAGAGUGUCUCCCAAGAACCAAGUGGCGAUGGCGACGCUUAUAAAAAGCAAGCUUUCAAAUGUUGCUACUUCCGUAUCGAACAAAUCUCAGGCUAAAGUUAGCGGGGUGUUCGCCAGGAUGGGCUUUCAAGCGGCGACUGACGAGGAAGCUGUCGGGUUUGCCCAGUGUGAUGACCUCGACUAUGAGCACCGUCAGGGUCUGCAGAUGGACAUUCUGAAGCCGGAAGAGGUGAGCGGAGAGGCAGAGCCAGCGACUGAGGGCGACAGUCACUACCAGAGGGACGGGACUGGGCUGCCCCCUUCAACCUCCAAGAAUGGAGAGCCGUGUGUGGAAUUAGCAGCUCAGGGGAAGCCCAAAAUCACUGCAUGGGAAGCGGGCUGGAAUGUGACCAACGCCAUCCAGGGUAUGUUCGUCCUGGGCCUCCCUUAUGCUAUCCUGCACGGAGGAUAUCUCGGACUGUUUUUAAUCAUUUUCGCUGCUGUUGUGUGUUGCUACACGGGAAAGAUCCUGAUUGCUUGCCUGUACGAGGAAAACGAAGACGGCGAGCUAGUGAGAGUAAGGGACUCCUAUGUAGAUAUUGCCAAUGCCUGCUGUGCCCCUCGCUUUCCGAAGCUGGGCGGUAGGGUCGUGAAUGUAGCCCAGAUCAUUGAGUUAAUAAUGACCUGCGUUUUGUAUGUGGUUGUAAGCGGCAACCUUAUGUAUAACAGUUUCCCGAAUCUGCCCGUCUCUCAAAAGUCGUGGUCCAUCUUGGCCACUGCGAUAUUAUUACCUUGCGCGUUCCUGAGAAAUCUCAAAGCGGUGUCCAAGUUCAGUUUGCUCUGUACUCUGGCACAUUUUGUGAUUAACAUCUUAGUGAUCGCCUACUGUCUGUCUCGAGCCCGGGACUGGGCCUGGGAUAAAGUCAAGUUCUAUAUUGAUGUGAAAAAGUUCCCAAUUUCCAUCGGUAUUAUUGUCUUUAGCUACACUUCACAGAUCUUCCUGCCAUCGCUGGAGGGCAACAUGAAAAGCCCCAAAGAAUUCCACAGUAUGAUGAACUGGACUCAUAUUGCAGCGUGCAUAUUGAAGGGACUGUUCGCCUUGGUGGCCUACCUAACUUGGGCAGAUGAGACAAAAGAGGUGAUCACAGACAAUCUCCCCUCUACUAUUAGGGCAGUGGUCAACGUUUUUCUCGUAGCCAAAGCUUUGCUCUCCUAUCCGCUGCCAUUUUUCGCAGCUGUUGAAGUCUUAGAGAAAUCCUUUUUCCAGGAGGGCAGGAUUGCAAUGUUUACGAAUUGUUAUGGGGUAGAUGGUAAACUCAAAUCAUGGGGUUUAGCUUUACGCUGCAUACUAGUGGUCUUGACCUUGUUUAUGGCCAUGUAUAUCCCCCAUUUCGCUCUGUUAAUGGGCCUGACUGGGAGCCUAACGGGUGCUGGUCUCUGUUUUCUGCUCCCAAGUCUCUUCCAUCUUAAAAUUUUGUGGCGAAAACUGCAGUGGCACCACGUCUUUUUCGAUGUCUCCAUCUUUGUCAUCGGUUCUAUAUGCAGUGUGUCCGGCUUCAUCCAUUCACUGGAGGGACUAAUUGAGGCUUUCGCCUCCAACACAAGCGACUGAGAGCCAUUUGGGGCACAUUCCCACCCCGUCCCACCCCCACCCGCCCUCAGAUCCACAAACCACUUCAGAUAGGCGCCCGUUUUAAUUUUGCACAGAACUCAAAUUGUUACCUAAAACCGAUCAAGUGCAGGAACUAUGAAAAAAAAAUCUACAUUUAAAUUCUGACCGCAUUGCGGCAGCUCGUGCAAUUAUAAUUCGGCGUUUUCUAAGUGGAGAUGACAGGGCCAACCUUCAAUAACACCUUGAAGUAUUUCCAGAGUAUUUCAAAUAUGCAGUAUUGGCGGGGUUUGUUGUCACCAACUCGCAUCCCAACAUUAUAAGGUUUCAACAACGAGGUCUCCAGGCAAGAGACUGGGAAUGUCUGAAAAUCCAUGUUUAUUAUAUGGAGAGGAAUAUAUGUGCUAUCUAAGCGAUUAUUUCAUGAACAUGUGGAAAUGUUUUAAACCGUCUGUGUGGUGUGGUUAUACAUGGCGGAAUGUAUAAUGCGAAGUUUAUCUUGAAGUAUAUAUUGUGUAAUAUAAAUAUACAUAUACAUAUAUGGCAAAAUAAAUGACAA